AUGGACGAAGCUCAAGUCACGUGGCCCACUUUACACCCGUUGCGUCAUCAACAUCCUGAUGCGACCAAUCAGCUUGUUGAACAACCCAGCAAUCCAACCUGGCCAGCACCCUUGCAACCACCAAGCAAUCAGGCCACACCGCAACCGCAACCAAACCUCUAUCUCCAACUAUCUCAGAUUCUAGAAUGGGAGAUAUGGAAUCAUAACCAGACACGUAGUGGGCUAUGCUCAGAACUAGCUCGUCGCACAGAACUUGAAGCCCAAGUAUGGCGACUCAAUAAUGAGCUUGCACAGUGGCAAGAGAACUCCCGCAUAGCAUAUACUGCGCUUGACGAGCACAGAACGCAAAACUCAAAUCUCAAGCUCGAUAUUGAAGCUCUCACGGAUGAGCUUCGUCAUCUUCGCCAACUACGGGAACAGCUAAAUGCGGGGUUGUUGAUCGCCCCUUAA